AAUAACAAACAGAUGAUGUUUUGGCAGAACAUGGUCAAACCUCGGAAAUGGAAGGCAGCCUACAUGUUUUGCACUCGUCCUGCCCCUCUGUCCUUGAUGGAGGAAUGCUUCCUGGAUUCUGCAGAAUAUGGCAACAUCCCUGUUGCACGCAAAAUGCUUGAUGAACUGCCUGACCUUAAUGUCAACUGUGUGAACUACAUGGGCCAAAAUGCUUUGCAACUGGCUGUUGCCAAUGAGCAUUUGGAAGUAACAGAGCUACUGUUGAGGAGGGACAAUCUCACUCGCAUAGGGGAUGCACUGCUGCUAGCCAUCAGCAAAGGAUACACACAUAUAGUGGAGGUUAUACUUAGCCACAAGGUCUACGCUGACCCACAAAGACUGACCAGUAGUCCUGGCCAGAUAGAAACACACAAGGAAUUCUUUGCUUGCGACGAGGAUGGUACACGUUUCUCUUGUGACAUCACCCCUAUCAUUCUGGCCGCUCAUUGCCUUGAGUUUGAGAUAGUGCACAUACUCCUUACAAAAGGUGCCUGUAUUGAGAGGCCCCAUGACUACUUCUGUAAAUGCAGUACCUGUAGUGAACAUCAGAAACUCGACUCUUUCAGCCAUUCACGUUCAAGAAUCAAUGCUUACAAAGGUCUUGCCAGCCCAGCUUACCUGUCCCUCUCUAGUGAGGAUCCCGUGAUGACAGCUCUGGAGCUAAGCAAUGAGUUGGCAGUCCUGGCCAGCACAGACAUGGAGUUCAAGACUGAUUACAAGAAGCUCUCCAUGCAGUGUAAAGACUUUGUUGUAGGGCUUUUGGAUUUGUGUCGGAACACUGAAGAGGUAGAAGCAAUCUUAAAUGGAGACACCAAAUCAUGUGAAAAAACAGAGUCAAUGGGCAGACCAAGCCUGAUUAGGAUGAAACUUGCAAUUAAAUAUGAUCUAAAAAAGUUUGUGGCUCAUCCGAAUUGUCAACAACAGCUUCUGUCCAUCUGGUAUGAAAACCUGAUGAGCUUGCGGCAGCAGACCACAGCUGUGAAGUCGCUGGUUGUUCUGGGUGUAGCUGUAGGACUGCCUGUCCUGGCCCUGUUUUACUGGAUUGCACCUACAAGCAAGCUUGGGAAAGUCAUGCGAGGACCGUUCCUAAAGUUUGUGGCCCAUGCAGCGUCCUUUACCAUAUUUCUGGGUCUGUUGUUAAUGAAUGCAGCAGACCGGUUUGAGGGGACAACACUGCUUCCAAACAUGACAACUCAUGACCACCCCUCCCAGCUGUUCCGCAUGAAAACCACCCCCUUUACAUGGAUUGAAAUUGUAAUAAUAUUCUGGGUAAUAGGAAUGAUCUGGGCUGAAUGUAAGGAGAUUUGGUCCCAGGGUCUUCGGGAAUAUCUUUCAGAACUGUGGAAUCUGCUCGAUUUUGGAAUGCUGACUAUUUUUGUCACCUCUUUCAUCACCCGAUUUAUGGCAUUUUGGUGUGCACGUUCAGCCCAGAGCUACGUUGACAAGCACUACACUGACUUAUCCAACGUAACAUUGCCCUCAGAAAUAGAAUACUACCAACUGGCUCGUAUUAACUGGGUGCCGUCAGAUCCGCAGCUAAUAUCCGAGGGCCUCUAUGCAAUUGCCGUGGUUCUAAGUUUCUCUAGGAUUGCAUAUAUCUUGCCUGCCAACGAGAGUUUUGGGCCUCUGCAGAUUUCACUCGGAAGAACGGUGAAAGAUAUCUUUAAGUUCAUGGUGAUUUUUAUCAUGGUUUUUGUGGCCUUCAUGUUUGGGAUGUUCAAUCUCUACUCCUACUACCUUGGUGCUAAACAAAAUGAUGCAUUUACAACGGUGGAAGAGAGCUUUAAGACGUUGUUUUGGGCCAUAUUCGGCUUGUCAGAGGUGAAAUCAGUGGUCAUUAACAAUGGUCACAAGUUCAUUGAAAACAUUGGCUAUGUUCUGUAUGGAGUGUACAAUGUUACCAUGGUGAUUGUUUUACUGAACAUGCUCAUUGCCAUGAUAAACAGCUCUUUCCAAGAAAUUGAGGAUGAUGCUGAUGUGGAGUGGAAGUUUGCGAGGGCAAAACUCUGGUUCUCUUAUUUUGAGGAGCAGGGCACCUUACCUGUUCCCUUUAACCUCAUCCCUAGCCCUAAGUCUAUCCUGGCCUUGGUGUUGGGGCUCCGAGACCUCCUGUUGAUGCCUUUCAACAGGCACAGAUACAGCCUCGGGGAUUACACAGAGAAAACUGAGAUGGCACAAAACAAUCAUUCAAGUGUUGGUGAUUCCCUUUAUCCAAGUCGUCACCAAAGGAUUAUGAAUCGUCUGGUUAAAAGAUAUAUCAUACAAGCACAGAUUGAUAAAGAUGGUGAUGAAGUGAAUGAAGGUGAGCUAAAGGAGAUCAAACACGACAUCUACAGCUUGCGCUACGUGCUUCUUGAAGAGAAGAAUCACAACAUGGAGAGGCUGGCAGAGUUGAUAAGGAGACUUGGAGAAAAAGUGUCUGCUGACUAAGCAUGAAGAGCAUAUCAUACCUAUGAGGUCCCAAGUGAAAUAUCCAAGUUAUCAUUUAAGGCAAUGAAUGUGGAAGAUCUGAAAUUGUUUAUACAUUUCUUCUGACAUACCACUUUGAUGUAUACAUGUUAUAUAUUUUUGGUCCUUUAACAGCAUAUUGCACAUCUGUUGAGUGAGAACAGUGCCACAAGAUGGCACUGUUUACCACUUAAUUGUCAACAAGCUGUGUUUUCUGCAUUCUAUUUGAUCCCAUUCUCACAUUAUGAUUUUGUAGCUCAGGUGGCUACAUUUUUUAUUUAUUUUUCAACAUACACAAUAUAUACACACACAUAUAUAAACAAGCACAGAAGAAACACUUCUACAAGUAUCCUCAGCUGACAGAUGAUUGUGUUUGUUUUAGUUUCUUUGUAUAUAUACUCAAAUACUCAUAUAUAUGCUUUGAUUAAAGAAGAAAAACCAUCUGUCAGCUGAGGAGACCUGUAGAAGUGUUUCUUUCCCAUUUCAGAUACACAUACUGUGAUACAUAUACACUACAUCAUCUGUUGGCCUACACCUACCACCAGACAGCUUGUUGUAAUAACAAGCAUCCUUUGCAAUGGCAGUUAUACAAUGGCUUUCUAAACACCUCGAGGACAUUACAUAAUCACCUUACACACUGUACACGGUCAUGUUCCCACACUAUUCUAGAAAUAAGUGUCCCCUCAGAACAGCCUGACCUGAGGUAGAGAAACAGCUUCACCUCCCUCUCCUCCACACACUCGGACCGUUUUCAAAGCUCAAAUGGCAACCACAUACAGUGUACCUUUGUUAUGCCAAAGCUCACUGAAAGACCUUCUUAUCAAAGUUAAGUUGAACAAAAACUCCUACUACUGUGGAUAUUGUUAAGCUUUUUUUCCCAUCUGAGGUAGUAACCCCCAAAUAGCAGAUUUAAUUGUUCCGUUAUAGUAUUAUUGGUUGAUUGUACGACUACCAGAUGUGGUAGUGGUUCACCAUUGUUGUGCAAGCCAUCUCAACAUACAAGUGAUUAUUUAAAAGAAGUCUGGUUGUCAAGGAGACCAAUGAAAAAGUUGCUAUUACAAAAUAUAUAUUUUUUUGGGUCACCUUGACCUAUAAAGGUUUUAGGUAUUAGUAUCAUAUAUCGAACUAAACUAGCCCAUUACAGCAUUUGCUAACACCUAAUUUCUAAUUACACCUUGCUACUAGACAAUGACGCUGUUACAGACGCCUACAUAAAAAGCUAGUCAAAGUAUAAGUAUGUCCUAUGAUGAGUCUGGCUAGUGACGCAGCAGAUAGACUCAAGGUCUGACUAUGCAUCAUAAACACCAGAUACAUCUACAACAUUUUUUAUCAAAUGAUAGGACAUCACCACACUUCACUAUAAACAAUAACAUUGAAGGAUGAAGAUGGCCUUUCUUGUUUCUGAUACUCAGAUUAGAUGAUGACUGAGUGGAAAAUUAACUACAAAGGUAAAACAAUGUGAGUAUUUUUGUCCUCUACUCAAUCUGUCUCCUAGUUACAAACAAACACCAACCCUGGGUAUUCUCAUUAUGGGCUAAGCUUUAACAAAAGACUGAAGUCUAAAUUCUGUCACCUGUGUAAAAUGGUGAGUACAUACUGUAAAAAUGUAUGGCUCUGUGAUUUAACCCUGAGUUUUAUUGAUAUUGAGUAUUUAGUACAUUUUUAGUUAGUAUUCAGUAUUUUUUUCCCUCUAGUAUUUGUCGGCCUACAUGUGUACUAGUAUUUUGCAUUGGUAAACAGAUUUCCUAUUUCCUCUUCUUGCUUGCUGCAAUGCCUCAAUUUCCCCUUUGGUAUCAUUAAAGUACCCACCCACCUACUGUUUUGGGGCAAGUUUAAGGGGUAAGUGGCUAGAUUCUCUGCAGGCAGGAGAACCUGGAAGGGCCUUCAUAAAACAGUUACCACAAAGUUUGACGUGCAGAAUUGUCAACAAUGUAAUUGUCUGCUCUAGAACUGAGAUUUCCUUCAAUGGAACUAAGCCGCCAAGCCCAAACCAUAAAACACAGCCCUAAUUCAUAAUUGGUUUGAAAUUGCCACCAUACACUGUGACUUUAAUACAGACAUGUUGUGCAUUUGAUGUGGAAGAACCUGACUGGCAAGCAUAAAUUCUGA